GUGUGCAAUAAUGUCAUCCGAUCCAGUGUUGCCAAUGUUAUAUGCUGCGGUGCGGCCAACUCGGGCCAUUCCCAUCCUUCCCAGGUAAUAGGAAACAUGAUACCUUUGAGUUGUGAACGCUAUGGUGAUGAUGAAGUCAGCAUUUAUCAACCGCUACAAGCAAGUUGUGAACGCUAUACUUCGAGCAGUGCGCCAAAAUGAGAUCAAGAAACGCAACGCAGUCACGUGCGCGAGUCACCGCCAGGCUCCAACUCAUCGCUUUCGACAGAACUUGGACAGAACCGCGCUCUGCGCAUCUCUGCCAUGACUACGCACCCUCGUUCACAGUCUCCCGAUGAACCUCUACGUAAACGCCUCCGUACCGGAUCCCCUCCCUCUGAGCCAGCACCGGCCGAACCGAAGGAGGCUUUCAGCCGCGAUGGGAUAUUCUGGCUCGACGACGGGAACGUUAUCCUUCUCGCGCAGGGCGUUGGUUUUCGCGUGUACAAAGGGUGGCUCUCGUCCCAGUCGGAGGUAUUCCGCGACAUGUUCAAUCUCGCGAAGCCUGCCCCGGGCCUCUCGCAAGAGUCAGAGGUCGUCGACGGCUGUCCCGUUGUCCAUGUCACGGACACAGCGGCUGAGGUCCGCUCGCUGUUAGGCGUCCUCUUCAGCGGCAGGCAGUAUAUAUGCCGCCUCAAAUUGAAGCUCAAUGACAUCACGAACUGCGUCCGGAUGGCGCAUAAAUACGGUAUCCAGGACUUACUCGAUGAUUUCCUGGAAGAGCUGAAAUCCUACUUCCCCGAUAAUUUCGACGCAUGGGAAAACCGGCUCAGCUGUGACCAGGCAGCAGACGCGAUCACGGUGGUGAACAUCGCGCGCCUGACUGACACGCCGUCGAUUCUCCCUGCUGCUUUGUACAGCUGCUGCCUAUUAGACGGCGAGGAACUCCUUCAGGGGCGGGUAUGCGACGGCGUUACGGAGUCACUGAGCUCGGAGGACCUCGCGCGCUGCAUCGACGGCAAGGCGAAGUUAUGCACUCGACAGAUGCGCGCGUGUUUCGAGAUAUUCCCGAGAUUCUUCAAAAAUACACAUUGCAAAAUGUCCGACAAACAGUGUACCAAAACUGUCGCCCACAUACACGUGGAACAAAUGGUCGACGAUCUUCGGUGUGGAGAUGCCGAUAUAUUUGACCCAUGGGACCAAUUCAUUGAGGCGUACGACCCCGAAAAAAAACCAGAUACUGACUGGAAGCUCUGCUCUUCCUGCGUCUCGGCGCUGUGUAAAAAGGAGAAGUCGGUACGCAAGCGGAUGUGGUCGGAACUGCCACAACUGCUCUGCUUGGACGAGGACAGCGCAGAUGAAGACAACGCGGAGGAGGGCAAUGAAGAUGAAGGCGACGCGGAGAAGGGCAGUCAGGUGGAAGCCGAUUGAGAUAGUGCACGUUCUGUGCUUAGACGCGAGGGCACAGGGGACUUGAAGGAUUUUUCUGAACAAAUUGUUUCCGGUUUCCCAGACAAUGGGAAAUGGGGGACUCAUGCGGCCAUACGUGCAGAUGACCAUCCACUGCUGCAUCCGACCCUCUGUAAUCUUCAUUUGCCGUCAGCCGAUGUACAUACAUCCCCGUGCACUCCACGAUACCGCCGCUCAUUCAGAAGCAUCCCCAUAUUGUCGACCGACCGACUACUUCACGAAUCCUUAGCAACGCCCUGCACAGUGCAACUGGAA